GGGCCCUGGGAGCCCUUAGCCUCGGGUACCGGCACGCCAGCCCCCGGUGCCUGAUGGGGCCGCCCUGCGGGAGUAGGGCUGAAGUUGGGACCGCGCGCAGCCCUCCCCUGCCGCUGAGCCCGACAUGCUGCGGCCGGGGCGCAAUGGCACCGCGUACCGCGCGUGGUUCGGGCGGCGGUAUCUGGCGCAGGGGGGCGCCGUGGGGGGCUCGGCGGGAGCGGCGCCGCUGGGGCCCGCGCAGGUGGUCACCGCCGGCCUCCUGACCCUGCUCAUCGUCUGGACCCUGCUGGGCAACGUGCUGGUGUGCGCGGCCAUCGUGCGCAGCCGCCACCUGCGCGCCAAGAUGACCAACGUCUUCAUCGUGUCUCUGGCUGUGUCUGAUCUCUUGGUGGCACUGCUGGUCAUGCCCUGGAAGGCGGUCGCAGAAGUGGCCGGUUACUGGCCCUUUGGGACCUUCUGUGACGUCUGGGUGGCCUUCGACAUCAUGUGUUCCACUGCCUCCAUCCUGAACCUGUGUGUCAUCAGCUUGGACCGCUACUGGGCCAUCUCCAAGCCCUUCCGCUACCAGCGCAAGAUGACCCAGCGCAUGGCCUUUGCCAUGGUCGGCCUGGCUUGGACCUUGUCCAUACUCAUCUCCUUCAUCCCAGUCCAGCUCCACUGGCACAGGGACAAAGCAGGCUCCUGGCGCGGGAUGAACGCGCCAUCCAACCUGGCCAAUGGGACGCCCUGGGAGGAAGCCGGGGAGCCACAGUUGAGGGCAGAGAACUGUGACUCCAGCCUGAACCGAACCUACGCCAUCUCCUCCUCGUUGAUCAGCUUCUACAUCCCGGUGGCCAUCAUGAUUGUGACCUACACGCGCAUCUACCGCAUCGCCCAGGUGCAGAUCCGCAGGAUUUCCUCCCUGGAGAGGGCCGCGGAGCACGCGCAGAGCUGCCGGAGCCGUGCGGCCUGUGCGCCUGACACCAGCCUGCGGGCAUCCAUCAAGAAGGAGACCAAGGUCCUUAAGACCCUGUCGCUGAUCAUGGGGGUCUUCGUGUGCUGCUGGCUGCCCUUCUUCAUCCUUAACUGCAUGGUCCCCUUCUGCAGUGGACGCCCCGAGGGUCCUCGGGCGGGCUUCCCCUGCGUCAGCGAGACCACCUUCGACGUGUUUGUCUGGUUCGGCUGGGCCAACUCCUCCCUCAACCCGGUCAUCUACGCCUUCAACGCCGACUUCCGGAAGGUGUUUGCCCAGCUGCUGGGGUGCAGCCGCCUCUGCUUCCGCACCCCGGUGGAGGCAGUGAACAUCAGCAAUGAGCUCAUCUCCUACAACCAGGACACCGUCUUCCACAAGGAGAUUGCAGCAGCCUACAUGCACAUGAUCCCCAAUGCCGUGACCCCGGGGGACGAGGAUGUGGACAAGGAGGAGAAAGAGGGCCCUUUCGACCAGAUGUCCCAGAUCUCUCAGACGUCCCCAGGUGGUGACCCUGCUGCCGAGUAUGCCUGGGAGCUGGACUGCGAGGGUGAGAUUUCAUUAGGCAAAAUAACGCCUUUCACCCCAAAUGGAUUCCAUGAAACCGCGUAAGAAAUGCCCCUGGUGGGUCUGGAUAGCUGCACAGACAUGAACAAGCAUGCGGAACACACAGGGACACACAGAUAUGUUUGCAGGGCUGCUCAGGCGAUCACGUGUUCCAUUUGUGUUGUAGCCCAUGUGCUCAGAAACCUCACCAGUCUGAUUUGUUGUUUGAAGAAAUUGGCAGAAGCAGUUGGAAUAAACUCAAAUAUAUCCAGCCUGGUAGAGAUGGACUAAUGUUCUUGCUAGACAAGAGAAGAUGGUGUUUGGUUCUCAAAAAAAAGGGGGCACUUGGAAUUUAAAAAUAUACCCCUUCCCCCUUUAAACAAGUGGAUUGUUCAGUGUUACUGUGUUCGGGAUCAUAUUAAACAGGUUCCAUGUGUGUGUAGUGCUGAUGGGUGUGUGUGGCUCUCCCGUGUCUUGCUUCCUGUGGCCCUGUGUUAAUGCAGUUUCUGUUCUGUGUGUGUCUUAGGACAGCUGAGGAAUUCUUCCUGAUUUGUUCUGGUGUCUAAUAAACACAAAUUACGUGUAUUAUGGGGUGAUUAUCUUUGCUUUGCCAGACCCGUUUUCAGGACAGCCUUUGGAGAAACCACAAGAACAUCCUUAAGAGCAGGGGAGAUUUUGGCUGAGUCUGGAAGCACGUAUUUAUUUUCUUUACAGACAGCUUGGACUUAAAGGUAUACAC